GACUUCUGCAGUUUGCUUUCAACAUCCCUCUUUGACAGUUGUUGAAAUAGUUACCUCUCAUACUUUCCAAGCACAUUUAUAUGUGCUCAGAGAAUACAUCACACAAGUUUUGCAUUUUCCAUGGGAGUAGCACAAUGGACUGGAUAAUUACAACUGUAUUCUUGUCAGUGUUAAAAACUGCACUUUGUUUCAAUAUUGAUCCUGUGGCUUGGAAGUCCUGGACUAACAAUGAUGCAGGUUUUGGCCACCAGGUGGUGCAACGACAGUCAGACUUGUCAGUGCUUGUCAGUGCUCCCCUUGCACAGUAUACACCAAAUAGAAGGGGUAAAAUAUACAAGUGCUCUGGUGCAUCCUGCCAGGACAUACAAGUUCAGGUGCCAGAUUUUGCAGUUAACAUGUCCCUUGGCUUGACAAUGACAAUCAACCCAGACACAAAAAAGACUAUGGCAUGUGGUCCAACCAUCCCAAAGGACUGCAAAAGUAUCACCAUGUACAGGGGCGCAUGCUUUCAGAUAAACCAAAUGAAUGCCGUUGAAUCCACUGUGCCUUCUUCUCUUGAAGAGUGCCGAACCCAAGCAGAUAUUGCAUUUCUAUUGGAUGGUUCAGGCAGUGUUUCCAGUACAGAUUUUACAACGAUGAAGAAUUUUGUGAAGAGACUGGUCAGGGCAUUCGUGGGAAAAGACACACAGUUUGCUGUUGCACAGUUCUCCUUCUCACCCACUGUCCACUAUUUCUUUGAUAAUUUCUUCUCAUCUGGAUCCUGGGAGUAUAACAUUGACAGAAUACAGCAGCUAACGGGAGGAACUUACACAGCGCGGGCCAUCAAAUAUGUGGUCCAAAAUAUUUUCACACAAGCAAGAGGUUCCAGGUCAAAUGUGAAGAAGAUCUUGAUAGUCAUUACGGAUGGAGUCUCUCAUGACCGAACUGAGUUGCCAAAUGCAGCAAACGAAGCUGAGAGUCAAAAGAUUGUUCGAUUUGCUAUUGGGGUGGGGAGUGCGUUUAGUAAUACAGGUGCAAGAUGGGAACUGGAUACCAUUGCAUCGAAUCCGCCGGCAAACCAUGUGUUUCAAGUGCAGAACUUUAAUGCACUUGAAGUAAUAAGGCAGACUUUGCAGGACAAAAUCUUCUCUAUUGAAGGUUCUCAAACCAGUGGAGAAUCACUGAAAAUGGAAAUGGCUCAAGAGGGAUUCAGUGCUGCUUACGUGCCUGGGCAGGGAUAUCAGAUGGCUAUCGUUGGUGCCAACCAGUGGAAAGGAGGCUUUCAGAGGUACACAUUCAAUGGCUGGAAGUCAAGCACAUAUGAGCCUUCAUAUGUGGAGCCUGACAGUUAUAUGGGUUACUCCAUGGCUGUUGCUAAAACCAUGCAAGGCAUACUGACAGUUGUUGGUGCUCCAAGAUAUCAACACAGAGGAGUUGUGAUGGCAGUUAAAGAAAACAACGUAAACCAAAAGAUCGACCCUUUUCCAUGGCAGUUUCAGACCGGUGAAUAUUUCGGUGCAGAAGUUUGUGCCAUGGAUCUGGAUGGUGACAGCUACACUGAUCUAAUCCUCAUAUCUGCCCCUAUGUACAAGGACACUGACAGAGAGGGAAGAGUUUACGUUUGCACAUUAUCCGGUUUGUCUGUCGAGUGUCGCUUAGAUUCUCCAGUGGUACUGAGGGGGGAUGUGUCUGACAUAGGACGAUUUGGCUCUUCUCUUGCUGCACUGCCUGAUCUCAACGAAGACAGAUUCAGUGAUCUGGCAGUUGGAGCACCUUUGGAGAAUGACGGUCAAGGCAGCAUCUACAUAUUCCACGGUGAGGGAGGAGGAAGGAUCAGUCUUACUUACUCACAGAGAAUUGCUGGCUCUGAAGUCCAGUCAGGACUGAAGUUCUUCGGCAUGUCAAUCAGUCAGUUGUCUUUUGACCUAAGUGGGGACAGUCUGCCUGACUUAGCGGUGGGUUCAAAGGGCAAAGUUGUCUUACUCAGAUCAAAGCCUAUAGUAAAGGUAGAAGCUAAGGUGUCAUUCAGCCCAAACGUAAUCCCCACUCAGAACACAGACUGCAAAGCACCUUUGGAGAACACAGCUGAAAUCUGCUUUACGAUGACCAAGCUGUCCACACUAAGCACAGCUCAAGCAAGGAUUGAUUAUACUUUAACACUGGACGCCACUCGCAAGGUCCCGAACAACAGAGCUUACAUCAGAGACAAACAACGAGAGGAGACUGGCUCAGUGACUAUUAACUUAGAUCAGAAACAAUGCCUCCGCGUGAACUUCUUCAUUGAGGCUUGUCCAGAAGAUGCUCUCAAUGCCCUUUCCAAUGAGCUCAGAUUCACCUUUGACGGUCUGCCCUCUAGCACAAAUCUCAAACCAAGUCUCUCCCAGCCGGCUCAAACAACAACACUUCAUCCUUUAGGGUUUGAGAUCAACUGUGGCACUGACAACAAAUGUGUAGAUAACCUGAAAGUGGAUUUCAACUUCACCAGCUCCUUAGAGGUUAAGGUGGGCAUUGAUGAACUGUUGGAUGUCACCGUAUCAGUGGAGAACAGUGAGGAAAACUCUUACAACAGCCGUGUUAUUCUCACAUACCCAGCUGGGCUCUCCUUCAGGAAGUUCACAAGUCUGCAGGGAAGAAUUGAGUGCAGCUCUUUGGACAGUGAGGAUGGCUUAUCACGAGGAAAGACAGACUGCACUAUUGACAAGCCUAUUUUCAAGAGCAAAACAAAGGCUUUCUUCGUCGUCUCUUACGGCAUCGACACCAAUAGUCAGCUUGAGAGGAGAAUUUUUGUCACUGCAAAUGCUACCAGUGGGAAUCAGGAUCACUCCAGCUCAAGCGAACUCUACAAAAUGAAAGCAAUUGAUGUGAAGUUCAGCAUUUUUGUUACAUUUGAAAGUUCCCUCACCUACAACAAUUUCACUUUUGGAAAGAAUGAUUUGCAGAAACCAGUCCAACAAUCAGUUGUGGUUACCAAUGACAUCAGAGCGCUGAAUUUCACUGUGGUGAUCAAGGUGCCAGUAAAGCUCGGUGAUAAGGACAUCUGGGUGGAUUUGAGCAAUUUGCAGAUUCCAGACUGCCAAAGAGAUAUAGAUGAAGAACCUAAUGUCAAGGAUUUUGUUGCUCGGAUACAGGAAAAUAAAGUAGUGGACUGCUCCGUAGCCAAGUGCAGAGUGUUUAAGUGCAAUAGGUUCAUGAGAAGACUGGAGAGUACAAAGUACACAGUCUCUGCCAACCUUAGUUCAGGAUGGAUUGAGCAGAUUGGACUUCGCUCUGCCAAAUUCCUCUUGACCAGCACAGCCAGUAUGGAGUACGACAGAAACCAGUACAUUUUCUUCUCAACAGGCUCUAACAACAACCCUCCUAUUCGCAAGAUUGAGACAGAGGUAGAAGUGUAUCCAGAACCAGACUUCACCAAAGAGAUCGUCGGAGGAUCCCUGGGGGGCUUGGCUCUACUGGCUUUAAUCACCGCUGGUCUGUAUAAGGCUGGAUUUUUCAAGAGUAAAUACAAGGAAAUGAUUGCUGAAGACGAAGCAGCAGACAAUCCAGGGGUUGAUGGACCCACAACAGAUCAACAAGCAUAAAAUCAGUUUAUAUCCCUCUGACACUUUUUCCAGAUUCAGCAAACUCCUAAAAUCAUUCUGCUAAUGUGCAACUGACCAGAAAACUGCAAAAACUGUACAAACACGAUCUCCUGGUUCGGAAGUAAAACAAAGUGAAUACUGCAUAGUUUAAUCUCUUCAGGCCUCGAAAAAUUAUUCAAAUGAAACUCUGAGCAGGAAAAUCAUUCAUCACUUGAACAGCUCACAUCUCACACAUGCACCCUGUGACAAGGGAUCAAAGGUUAGGAACCGAAUUCAAACAAAAUGGUGAAGGGUAAAUUUAUCCAACAAGUGAUCCAGAUGUGUGUCCAAGGUGCUUUAGAGAAGUCUUACAACAGGUUACUGUUGCUCCACAGUGAAACAUUUCUUUGUAUAUAUUUGUGCAACCUAAACAUUAAUUUGUACAUUUUGUUUUAGUCAAGUUUUCAUCUCAUAAUAUACUGUGAAACUGCUUAAGAGCUGCUGACUUACUAAUAAUAAUUUGCAUUUGAUGCAGCUUUUAUUGAUUUGAUCUAACCUGAAUUAUUUUGUAUAGGAAUAAAUUAUUAAAGCAAUGAUAUGCAGGCACCAUUUUAACUUAAAAAGCUUCAAAAUCAUUUUGAUUGUAAGGUGACUUGUAAUAUGAAGAAUGGUGUUUCUUUCAUUCCCAUUCUUCACCCUGAACACCUGUUCUUGCACUGUGUAACUUGAGUUGAGCUGGUACGAUGUUGCCUGAGAAGUGAGUAAUGUUUUACGGCACUACGUAACACACCACCAACUAUGGGUCUUCAGUUAACUACAGGAAGAAGCUAGCUCGAUAUUCUCAAUACUGACAUCAUGGCAGAGGCGAAGAGACUAGCACAGUGUUGUACAGGCCAUCGGGCAUUCUGGGACGAAUCCCCGUGAGCUGCCACACCGGUCUUCUCUGUGCACCUGCCAUUCAGGGUCACGCACAUGCGGCACAUGAGAGCAUGCUGCAUACAUGUUCCAGGACUGGCCUCAUGUCGUAUAAACUGCACAUAUGUAAUCAACCCUCACCGACCCUUUUGGUGGUAUGCUGCUUCCAAUACCCUGAUGCCAGUGCUAAGCAAAAGUUACAUAGUGUUGCUUUAAAUAUGUAAUAUUGAUGCUAUUUUCUGAAUUUAUGUAAAGGAAACAUUUGUUUUAUGCUUCGUCAUGAUUUAUUAUAUAUUUAAUUUCAUUUGUUUUCAUACUUGACUCAAAGAACAGGUACAGUAAGAUGGAACAGAGAAUAAAUACUAUAAAAACUG